AUGGAUGGCCGCCCCUUGCCGCAUUACAGGGCUGUGUCGGAAGCAACACGCCAGCGCGAGACGUUCAAAUAUGACCCGACACUCUUGUCCAAUUCCAAGGUCAACAACGCGGGCGUCGCUCUGCCAAGCUCGGAGCUGACGCCAUCGCGAGACUUGGUCUUGACCGCCCUUGCUCAGCUGGCCGUCUUCCAGACGGGCACAGAGAGAGCUUUCAUCUCCCUUUUUGACGUGGAGCAUCAGUAUUUUGUCGCUGAAGCAACUAGGACGCUGCUCACUUCACCAGAUGACUCCGAUCUUGGGCUUUGGAUGGUUGGUACCGCCAUUCCUCGUGCCCACAGUACGUGCGAGUACACUCUUCUCGAGUCAGAUCGCCUUGAGAGAGCGCGGGAGAACGCAAUCCUCACAGACCCAUCUCAGUUUGAUCACUGCGAGAAUGACGGCGAUUCAACCCAGCUACCAGUCCUUGUGGUCCCUGAUCUCGCUACCGACGAGCGUUUCAAAUUGAAGCCGUACUGCCGGCCUGGAGGUGGACACCGCUUCUAUGCUUCUGUGCCUAUUCGAACGCAGAGAGGUAUCAACAUUGGCGUGCUCUGCGUCGUGAGCCCAGAGCCAGAUCGCAGAUGGAUUGACCACUAUUCGAAUUUGAUGCGUAGUUUGUCCGUGGCCAUCAUGGAUCAUCUCGAGGCCAAUUUUUCAAAGGUGGCCUACCGCCGGAGCGAGCGCAUGAUUCGAGGCCUCGGCUACUUCGUCGAAGGAAAGGCGACUGAAUCCUCUUGGGCCUCUGUUGCUGGUAGAGAGACGUUUACCGAAACCCCGGACGCCUUGUUUCUGGCUCGCCAGGGACUCAUGGGGGAAGUUGAGACUACUAAUAACGGGCCACCUGUGUCCGAAGCGACCGCUCACUCAACCCCCAACUCUGAACGGUCUCUUUCGCCAGACGGUGACCGGCUUGACCCCAAUCGCAAAAAGGACCGCCCAGGAAAGCCAGCGGCAGAGACGAAAUGGGCCGACAACUUUGUUCCAGGACCCAACCCAAUGAUGGACACGUUUUCUGAAGCAGCCAUGAUCAUCCGCGAGUCGCUAGAGACGGAUGGGUGUCUCUUCUUGGACGCAGCCCCUGGAUCGUUUGGCUCAUAUGGUAAGAGAAAGGGCCGCUCCUCUGGCCACCCUUCUUUCCGAGACAUCGACAGCAGUAGCAACGAUGAUGAUGAGGACGACGACGAUAGCGGCAGCGAUUUUGAAGAAGAUGCAGAGCUAGAGUCUCAAGCAGGCGAUGCUGGUGCCAACACCGGUGCUACUAACGGUACCAACACCGAGGCCAAGCAGUGGCCAACAGCUCAAGUGCUGGGAUAUGCGGCAACGGAGAGCCGGCGGUCCAAGUUUGAGGACGGCUCGCUUCGGAGAAUCAACAUGCCGCAGAAGUUCCUCGCGAAGCUCCUUCAGCGGUAUCCCAAGGGCCACAUCUUCAACUUUGGCGUCAACGGAGAGCUGCAGUCGAGCGACUCGUCCGACGACGACGGCUGGCUGACGGACCUCACCCAGGACGCCAUCUCGCCCCUUCAGCCUGAUCCACCGCUGCCCCCUCAGGACGACGCCUCCCAGUCUAAGCGACAAAGGCGUCCUUGGGCGCGCCACAACGAGGGAAAGAUUAUCCUAGAGGUGUUCCCCAAGGCCAGGAGCGUUGCCUUUGUCCCCGUCUGGGAUCCCCGAAAGCAGAGGUGGUGCGCGGGAGGCUUUGUCUACACCCUGACGCCAACUCGCAUCUUUACCGUGGGAGGAGAGUUGAAUUUCCUGAGGGCCGUGAGCAUCUUGGCGAUUGCAGAGACGCUCCGCUUGAAGACUUUUGCAGCUAACCAGGCAAAGUCGGAUGCCCUGAGCUCUCUCUCGCACGAACUGCGCUCUCCCCUGCAUGGAGCCGUGCUGGGCAUCGAACUGCUUCGCGAUACCGAACUAACCGUCUUCCAGGGCAACAUCGCUCACACUAUCGAGAUUUGCUGCCGCACACUCGUCGACACGGUUGACCACCUCCUCGAUUACUCCAAGGUUAAUAGAUUUAUCCAGACGAGACGUACAGGGGCUCAAGCGUCGGAACCUAGAGGGCUACGACCAGGAACAGCCAGAUCGAUCGAAGAAGGCAUGCUCAGUCUCUACAAGCACAUCCGGCUGGACGGCAUCGUCGAAGAGGUCAUGGACGGCGUCUACGCCGGCUUCAACUUUAUGCACAUGGCCCUACAGCUCGCCAAGCACAAGAACUCGGCGCACUCGUCGGAUUGGACGGCUAUGCGCCGCCUGGACGCCAUGCAGGCUAUGGAAGAGCUGGGGUCCAACGGCAAGAUUGCGCUGGGCGAGGUGACUGUCUUCCUGGAGAUCGACCACGCCUUCAACUGGCGGUUCUACACGCAGCCCGGUGCCAUUCGACGCAUCGUCAUGAACCUGCUCGGCAACUCGCUCAAGUACACGCAAAAGGGCUCCAUCAAGGUGCGCCUGACCCAGUCUAAGCCGAAGCGCAAAUCGUCUGCCGACGCCAUCGUCCACAUCAUUGUGUCCGACACUGGCAAGGGUAUAGGAGAGGACUAUCUGCGCAACGACCUUUUCAAGCCCUUCUCGCAGGAGGACCAUCUCGCCCCCGGAACCGGCCUGGGUCUCAGCUUCGUCAAGCAGAUUACAUCGCAGCUUAGGGGCCGCGUUAAUGUUGACAGCCGAGUCAACGUGGGCACCAUUGUCAAGGUCUCGCUGCCUCUCAUGCAGACGCUGACGCCUCCCGACGGCACCCCCUUACUCGCCGAGAACGAGGGCGAUCUCGACAAGCACGUUGCCGAGGCCGCGGGCCUUCGCGUGCGUCUCCUGGGCUUCGACAUUGGCAGGCGGGCUAAGAGACGAAUGCUAGAUGGGAGCGUCACGGAGCUGCUCGUGGAGGUUGAGCGUAUCUGCCGCGACUGGCUGGGCCUCAACAUCAUCACCGAGGCUGAAGCUGAAGAACAGCCGCCCGACUGCGUCAUCUGGAUCGAAGACACGCUGGCCAACUCUCCGCUGGAGAAUCUUAUGCAAGGACCACCCUGCGUGGUGCUAUGCAAAAACACCUUAGUGGCGUACAAGAGCGCAGCGCAGUUUGAACGGGUCAAAGCACACCGGAUCUUUGAAUUCGUUGCUCAGCCUAUGGGGCCCCGUAAACUCGCCAAAGCAGUGGCUCUGGCCUUCAAGCGCGGCCGCGAACUGAAAGCCAUGCCUCUGUCCCCAAUCACGCCUCGCCAGGAAUUCCUCCCCGUGGUGCCGGACCUUCUCAGCAAUGUUAAGACCCAGCUGCCGGCGCCGACGCCUCGCCUCCAAGCGCUGCAGAAUCUCCUCAUUGAGAGCGAGAAGCCCGCGAAGCCCAGCGUCGCCGUCGUCGAUACUCCCAUUGCAGACCCCGAGCCUGCCUGUGAACCCACGCCAGAGUUCCUGCUCGUCGAGGACAACAGCAUCAACCUCGACAUCCUCUCCAUCUACAUGAAGAAGCUCGGCCGCCCCUACCACACGGCGACCAACGGCGCCGAGGCCCUGAGCGCGUACAAGCUCAACCCAAACCACUGCAAGUACAUCUUCAUGGACGUGUCGAUGCCCAUCAUGGACGGCUUCGAGGCUACGCGCCGCAUCCGUGCCUACGAGCGCGACAACCAGAUCAAACCCGCCAUCAUCUUCGCCCUCACGGGGCUUGCCUCGGAGAGCGCCCAGCAGGAGGCCUUUGGAAGCGGCGUCGACCUUUUCCUGACCAAGCCUGUCAAGCUUAAGGAGCUGGGCAUGAUUCUCCGGUCCAGGGGCUUGCUUCCCGAGGAGCCCUUGGUGGUUGUGACCAAGAACGGGACUCACAUGGCCUAG